GUUUUCGGUGACCACUUUGGCCGUUCUUUUAAGAGGAGGACGCAACGCGGGCAGCGCCGGCAGCGCUUCUCCCAGUCCCGUGGCAGGAGCCGCGGCAGUUCUUCCCGCCUUCUAGGUGCCCUCCCGUCACCCAGGGCAGACGCCGGGCGGUGGGGUCCGCGCCCCUUCAGGGGCACUCGCAACACCCGACGGCCGCGAGUUGCCCACGGGGCCCCUUUCUCGGCGCUGCCCCUCGGACCUGAAACUCGCUACGCCCACGUCCUCCUUGGAGCGGGAGGAGAUCGUGGCUGGCCCCCGCCCUGCAGCCCCUGCCUUCUCUGCCUGGGAUGGAGCGGGGAACGUGGUGUGACCAGGGCAGAUACCGUCUCUCCUGCCACCGUGUCCCCACCACACCCUCUGCAGGCUUCUUCCACGCCGCGCGGCCCAGCGGUGUCUUCCGCGCCCUCAGCCCCAGUGCACCUGAGCUCGGGGAGGGCCGGGUGCGGGGCCAUGCGCAAGACCGAGGAGCUGGCGGGUCCGGCGUGGGCCCGGACAGGGCCGGGGCGCACCGGGUGAGGAGGGGACAGGCCGAGCGAGCUCCACCUGGUUGGGAGUGGCAGCGUCGCAAGGUCCUCCGCGUCUCCGCCGGGGCCCCAUGCGGGCGACUCGGCUUCCGGGGCGGCCGGGCGGCCAGGGCAGUGCCGCGGGGGCCCGGCAGGUGGCGCGGGCGAGCCGGCCCUUCCCCGGCGCCGCGCGAGGAGAUGAGCUCACUGCGGCCCCGGCAGCGCCUGACGCGGGUCGCGCGCUCCCAGACUACAGGCGGCCCCGGGCACGCGCGCGCGCCGCCGGUCCGGCAGGUGGGUCCAGCUGCCCACGCCGCCUCUCCAGCCUGCGGGGACGCUGGACCUUGGGGUCCGCAGUCCACCCUGUGCCGCCGGGAGGGGCGCGGGGGGAGCGGCCGAGAGCUGGAGACCCCGAAGGCGCCUCCUAUGGCCAGAGGGGAGCCUCCGGCGGGGAGCCACCUCUCGAGGGCGCAUCAUCCUGUCCCCCCACCCCCCGUAAGAGGAAAGAUCCAGAAUGGAGCUCAGGAAUUAGGAGUCUCGAGUGCUGUCCUUAGGCCCAGCCCAGUCAAGAGCUACCGGGGCUGGCUGGUCAUGGGGGAGCCCAGUAGAGGCUGA